AUGACGACAAACUCAGAGGCGAAUCCAUUCAUCAAGCAACUAGCAUCAAGUGAUCGAAGUAUUCGCGAUCGAGCACUUUCCUCACUACGAACCUAUCUCCACCGCUCCACGCCUUUCACCGGACUUGAUCUCCUCAAGCUAUGGAAAGGGCUUCACUACUGCAUGUUCAUGUCCGACAAGCCUCGAAACCAACAACGACUUGCUCGAGAUCUGGCGGCCUUAACAGAUGUAUUGGCGCCCGCAAACGUCUCACCAUGGUUUGCCGCAUUCUGGAAGACGAUCAGUAGAGAAUGGGGCAGCAUCGAUAGUCUGAGGAUGGACAAAUACCUUUACCUCAUUAGAUGCUAUGUCAACAAGGGUUUUGAAGUUUGUGCGAAGAAGAAGUGGGACGAAGACUUUGUGCAUCAAUAUUUAGAGGUCCUGGAAGCAGACGGCGGUCCGCUCAGUUUGAGAGACAUGAAGGUGCCAAAUGGGCUGAGACUACAUGUACUUGACAUCUGGUUGGAUGAGCUGCAGAAAGUGGACGAGCACAGGCAGGCUCCCAUUGAUAAAAUCAUGGCUCCGAUCAGCAAACUGAAGACAGGUAGUAUGGUCAAAAGCGUAAGAGAACGCGCAGGAGAGAGCUUCGAUGACAAUAGGCUACUAGACGGCAAAGCGUGGCGGCCCGAGGACGAGGAGGAAGAGGAGCCAGACGCUGGCUUUGGUGGGUUUGACGGCUGA